AUGACGAUGAAUUCGGUGCCGAUUGUUUUAAAUAAAGCUGUUAUGCGGAAGUAUGAGGAUCUCGAAGUACCAUGCGAUACUAUUUUAGCAACAUACGUCUGGGUGGAUGGUUCCGGGAUUAACAUGCGCUCCAAGGAUAGAACAUUUGAUUUUCUACCUAAAACGCAUAAAGAUUUGCCGAUUUGGUAUUUCGAUGGCAGUAAUACAGCACAAGCUGAUCCUGAAAACGCCGACACGUUCAUUUUCCCUGAAGUGAUUUAUCACGAUCCAUUUCGUCGUGGCAGUCACAUUAUAGUGCUAGCUGAUACGUAUCAAAACAGCUAUGAAACUACACCCAAAACCGAACAAAAGCAAACCGUUUGGUACCUCGUACGUCAGCAACAAACUAGAAAUUCGACGAACCAUAGAAAAAAUUGCGUAAUGCUGUGCGAGAAGAGUGAAUUGGAAGAACCUUGGUUUGGUUUUAACCAAGAAUUCUUCUUUACAACAACCGACGGUAGACCGCUUGGUUGGCCCCCUGGGGGAUUUCCCGCCCCACCAGGUCCUUAUUAUUGCGCCCUUGGGGCAAACAAAAUAGUAGCAAGAGAUUUAAUGGAAGCAUUUUUUCGAUGCUGCCUUUUUGCGGGUGUUAAAAUUAAUGGAAUUAACCCUGGAGCAACUCCUUCACAAUGGAAUUUUCAGGUCGGCCCAAGUCCGGGUAUACGUUCAGCGGAUGAUUUAUGGAUGGCACGCUAUAUUCUAGCAAGAUUGGCUGAGGAGUAUGGCAUUGUAGCUAGUUUCGACCCUCAGCCUGUACCAGACUGGCCAGGAAAUGGCACAUUUGUUUAUUUUUCUACCAAAGAUAUGAGGGAAGAAGAUGGUAUUCUAGUAAUUGAGCGAGCAAUAGAUAAAUUAGCGCGACGACAUGGCGUCCAUAUUAAUGAGUAUGACGCUAAAAAUGGUGCCGAUAAUGCGUAUCGACUUACUGGAAAACACGGAAUGCCCCAUAUACGGGAUUUUACCGCUGGUGUUGCUAAUCGGAAUUGUUCUGUAAGGAUACCUCGUCAAGUAUCAGAAGACAAACGAGGUUAUCUUGAAGACCGGCGCCCCGCCGCUAAUGCUGACCCAUAUCGCGUUACGUCUAUUUUACUGAAGACUUGUGUAUUUGACGAAUAA